AUGCUCUUCACUAUUCCACAGCCUGCAGGAAAGGCUGCCGAGGGCUCAGCAGAUGAAAACCCUCUACAUCUUUUGGGCCUUUCGUGCGUGGAUAUCGAGCGGUUUUUAGGAACCUUGUAUCCGUCCGUAUACGGGACGUACAAGGCACAUACAAUCGACGAAUGGACAUCGAUUUUAAACUUGUCUACAAUGUGGGACUUCAGUGACGUUCGCAAGCUGGCCAUUCGGAAAUUGCAGGCACUAAGCAUGGACCCGGUCGACAAGAUCAUCCUCUCGCGUAAAUAUCGCAUACAUGGGGAAUGGACGAUCGGUGCCUACACGACGUUGUGCGAACGACGAGAGCCAUUGACAAUCCCCGAGGCGAGCCGGCUUGGUUUGGAGACUGCCAUCCGCAUUGCGCAGAUUCGUGAGCAGAUCCGGUCCUGUAGCACCAGAACUCGAGGGCCGUACCAGCUGCUCUCUGCUUCGGCGAUUAGGCGGGGCCCACCGGAUAAGAGACCAUCACCUCGCAUCUCUCGCCCCCGCUGGGAGUUUGGAAAAGGUCCUGCCGAACAUACUUCUAACCGCUCUGGUACUCCCAAUACUGGCAAGGCGCUUACAAAUGUCCCUGGCACCACCCGCCUCGUCGCGGAUGUUUUCGGCUUGAAGCUAACCUAG